AUGGGGACGGCCCUGGAGCCUCAUGCCCCCCAGCCGCUCACUGCCCGUCGUCCUGCUGCCGCCCAGCUGCCCACCUUUGAGCUGCCCCCGCCCAUCAAGUACCCGCUCCAGUCGCAUCCAUUAAAUCACCCGCAUCUCCCUCCGCCAAAUUCCAGUGUCAGCAACCUCAUCACGCAGACGACCCAGGGAACCGAGAGUCUCGCGGCGGCCGCGGCGGCGGCAUCGACCGCAACGGUGGCCGCUCUCACCGCGACCACGUCCAGCGCGGUAGCAAGCAGUACGCCUGUUUCAGCUUCUCCCGAAUUAACUUCAUAUUGGGCGAACCCAGGUUCAUAUAGCGGCUCCUCGGGCCGCCAACCGUCGUGGACGCCAGGCCUCGCCUCGUCCUAUUCCAAUCGAGAUCCGUUCUCGCCCUCGUUCAACCCGUCGAUCCAUCGAAAUCCGGCGACCUCGACCCCCGGCGCCGACAACACGAUCCCUUCCGCGUACGACAUGCACCAGCUGCCUCCCUUUCACCAGCAGUUGGGCGGUUCCGCUCCGCCGGCGCAUCCGGCGAUGGGACACUCCAUGCUGGGCGCUUCCCCCCACCCAUCGCAUCCGUCGCUCCCCUCGAACGAUCCGUACCUGGCCAAGUCCUCGUCUGCACCGGCCUACGGCGCCGUGCAGCAGCUGUCGAGCCCCUCAGGAGGAGCGUACCAUCCGUACGGAGCACCACCGCCACCACCGCUCGCAAUGCACCACCCACCUUCACGCGUCGCGUCAAAUCCACCGCCGCCGCAUCUCAACUACCAACGCCCACCGCCGUUCCCCUCAUAUUCGCUCCCGGCGAUGCCCGGGCCCAUCAUGUCGAAUGUCCAUAGCCCCGGCGGGCAAAUGUCGCUCUUGGGACCGUCUCUGCAGUCGGGGCUCCUCCCAGGCUUCAAUAGCGGGCAUGUGGCCAGCAUGCAGCAGAUGUAUGGGGGUCACCACCCGCCGCAUCCGGGCCACGCGGGCGGACCGACGAAUGACCGCCCGUUCAAGUGCGACCAGUGCCCGCAGAGCUUCAACCGGAAUCAUGAUCUCAAGCGACACAGGCGGAUCCAUCUGUCUGUCAAGCCGUAUCCCUGCAGCAACUGUGACAAGAGUUUCUCGCGCAAGGAUGCACUCAAGCGACAUCGACUGGUCAAGGGGUGUGGGAGUGGAGAGCCGGACGAGGCGAGACCGAUUAAGGAGGAGGACAAGGGCGACGCAGCGAGCGAGAACUAG